AUGAAUGAAAAGCAAAUGUUGACGCCAGUUGCCCUUAGUUGUUUCCGCGCUGUUCUGUUCCUGCUGCUGGUCAGUAGCAGCCGCCCGCCGCCGGUUCGAUGCUCCGUGGGCCGCACGGACUCCUGGAGCGAUUUGAGCCAGUACUCCUAUGGCACCAUUUUCUCCCAGCUCCUCAAAGCUUUGUCCGAUCACGGAGGCUCCAGGUGGAACCAGACCCCCGUGAAAAUGAUCAAACCCGAGCACAAGUACAUCAAGUAUUUGACGGACACGGCGUUCAAGAAAACGUCCAGAGCGCAGAGAAGUUUAGAAGGGAGCGCGCGCUACAACGUCGUCAGGCUGAUCAAGCCGCAAGAGCAAUGUCUUGCCAAAAGCAAUAAAGAGGGUUUCACACUAGACCUGCCCUACAGUCUUGGUCAGGUUAGAGAAAAAGAGCAGCUCACAAAGGCGACGCUGCUGUACAGUUCAGCCCACGUCAACUCUGUGUGCUUCCUGAGCAUCAAGGAGCAGGAGCACUCCAACAAAUGUCCCUUGUGUCCUGGCAUCCACCAAGCUAUAAACUUCACAGCCGCCAUCGAUGGUCCAGGAAGAGGAAACUGGGCGGAAGUUGACAUAACGCCACUGAUUCGUCCGCCUUCAAAAUUCCCAAAACACAAUGUCCACCUUCAAAUAGGCGUCGUGUGCCUCAAGCAGCAACACGCCGGGCACGAAGGCCCUUUGGAGUUUGCCGUGGGGUCCCCUCCGCUGUUGCUUUAUCUCCAUGACGACAGCAAAGCGUCACACCAGACGUUGCCACCCACUGCUGCAAACGGGCUUCGCGGGCAGGUGUUUUUCAAAGCCCAUCAAGUUCUUCGAACCAAGAGGCGGCAAAGAAGGGCGUCCGCUAAGAGCAAACGAGGUGAUAAAAGCCUGGACAUCCACUUACCGGAGCUUCUUCCAAGCUCGGAAUUCCCAACAAGUUACUGUGCCUUGUAUGAUUUCAGAGUGCGCUUUAGCCAGCUCAAACUAGAUCACUGGAUCGUUUUUCCGCCCAAAUAUAACCCGAGGUAUUGUCGAGGCGUCUGCCCGCGGACAGUUGGCUUCAUCUAUGGCUCGCCCGUCCACACCAUGGUGCAAAACAUCAUAUAUGAGAAGCUCGACUCCUCGGUGCCGAGGCCGUCGUGCAUUCCGUCCCAUUACAACCCCUUGAGCGUCAUGAUCUUCGAGGAGGACGGCUCGUACGUUUACAAGGAGUUUGAAGACAUGGUCGCCACCAGGUGCACCUGCCGCUAA